AUGGUUGAGAUCCUGCUGCAGAUGGCUGACCUGUUCCCGCAGCCAGGCAUUCUCUCGCAGAAACCCAUCUUUGCGGGGUAUUUUUGCAAGGGGUUUCAAGGCUUUCGUCUGUUUGGGAGAGAGGAAAGCUCAUCAUCGGUGUCGAUUUUGGCACCACCUUUACUAAGCCUACUGUCUCCUCUUCUUGGCUCAUACUUAUACACGAUAGGCGUUAGCUAUGUCAUGUCCUCCACGACUAAUGUCGAAGACGUCCAUAUUAUCAGAACAUGGCCGGGACAUGGGCGUGAAGCCGAUUCCGUCUGGAAGGCUCCGUCUCGCCUAGCCUACUUGUCUGAGAACCCUGACGCGCCGACAAGCGUGUGGGGGUACCAAGUGACACCGAAGAUGAAAUCCUACUCGUGGAUGAAGUUAUUGCUCGACAGAAAGACACCUACCGAUUACGAUGAUCCAGACUUAAAACAUAGCCAGGGAGAAGGACUUUUGCAGCUACCUCCUAGUACUACAGCAACGGAGGUCUGUGGAGAUUUCCUCCGAGAGAUCUACCAGUACACGCUUGAAUACCUGAGGAAAAGAUUAACUGCAGCUGUCAUUGAUAUCACCCCUUUUGAGUUCUGGAUGACCGUGCCGGCCAUUUGGUCUGACGCAGCAAAGGCUGCUACCUCGGAAGCUGCUAGAAUGGCCGGCUUUGGCUCUAGGGCUGGAGACACGGUUAAUUUCAUACCAGAACCAGAAGCCGCCGCCGUUGCAGCGUUGAGCUCUAUGGCUUCAAAAAACACUCUUGUCCCUAUCCGUAAGAAGGAAGCCAUCGUAAUCUGUGAUUGCGGUGGCGGUACCGUCGAUAUCAUUACAUAUCUUGUCAAAAACACCGAACCGCUCGAAUUCGACGAGCUAGUGGUUGGGACUGGUGGCAAAUGCGGAUCGACUUUCAUUGAUAGGAAUUUCCAUCGAUGGAUGUCUACAAACUUCCGUCUGGCCUUUGACUGUCUUCCUCCCGCGAAGAAGGGGCCAGGAAGCACCUUCAUGAAGGAAUUUGAGCUCUACAAGCACGAUUUCGGUCACGUUGAGGAUGCACGAUAUGUCUUCGAAGUCCCGUUGGUUAUGCGCAAUGUGACAGAUAGCGCUCACUACGAUUCUGAGGAAUCCACUGUGAAGUUUUCGAGAGAUGUGAUGAAAGGUUUCUUUGUCCCUGCAGUUGCAAAAGUCAAGCAGCUGCUUAAACAGCAAUUCGAUGCUGUUCAUCGCGAGCAUCCCCGCACAAAGAUAUGUAAAGUCAUUCUUGUCGGCGGAUUUGGAGAUUCGCCGUACUUAAACAAUCAGCUGAAAAGUUGGUGCUUGUCGACGGAAAAUGUCCAAAUUAUGUGCCCCGAGAACCCACAGGCUGCAAUCGUGAAAGGGGCCGCGUUCAGAGGCCUGCAAGGCAUCAAGGCUUCCAAAAAACGAUCGCGUCUUCAUUACGGCAUUCAGAUGUUGUGUCCCUUCCGUGAAGGAAUUGACCCAGAGGAAUUCGCUGAGUAUGACCCGUGGGACGACGACGAGAAACUCUGUUCUGAUCGAGCUGUUUGGAAAAUCAGUAAGGGCCAAUUGAUCGACGAAAAGACUAAACUCUGUCACGAGAUCGAAGUCACUACGAAUGAUGAUGAAGAUCCAUCGUUCUCCGCAAAUUUAUUCUCGUGCAAAUCUGACGUACCGCCAGACUAUGUAUCUGAUCUAGGUAAAAAUAUGUUUCAUUUUCUGUUGUUGAUCGGUGCUGACUGGAUGCAUUCAGAUGUUGACGUCGUUGGGACGCUGCAUUUGGAAUUCUCAGAGGCAGAUCUUCAGAUGUUCAAGCGUAGAGUCAUCGAUGGCUUGGUGCACUGGAGAUUGGAAUACGAAUUGCAAAUAUUCCUUGCUCCUUCGGAUGGUUUGCUACAUGUCCGAGCCGUCACAAAAGGCAACAAGGAAGUGGGAGUAACGACUUUGCUUUACGACAGCUUUACCACUCUGUACUGCGUUCAAGACUUGGUCCAUGACGAGUUUCCAAAACUCACCACAGUACAAGCGUAUCGAUUUGACAGCCUUUUCGUUCUGGAGAAUGACAUCGAAAUUGUCUAUGACGAGGUCGACUAA